AUGGCGCCUCCACAGGACAUCGAAAUGACCACCCUCAAGGCCAAGGAAGACUCUCUGGCUCAGGGAAGCUCCUUCAGCAUGCGCGAGCCCGAGUACGAGAACGACGUCAUCCUCACCAGCCGUCUGGACCGCUUCUUCGACAGCUUCCGCCGCCACCCCGCCACAUUCUUCCCCCACGACCACCUGGGACAGCUCGAGUCGGCCGCCGUCACCGGCCGCGACCAGGACGGGAACCACUACUACGACCUGCGGCAGGCCGCCAUAGAGAAUGCAAACUCCACGCUCGUCAGGAAGCUCAAGGGCCGCCACCUCCAGAUGAUCGCCAUCGGGGGUUCGAUAGGCACCGGCUUGUUCGUUGCCUCGGGCAAGGCCCUGGCUGCGGGGGGGCCGGCAUCCCUGCUCCUCGCCUUCUCGCUCGUCGGCGUCAUGCUGUACACCACGUGCCAGGCUCUCGGGGAGCUGGCCGUCCUCUUCCCCAUUGCCGGGUCGUUUUCCUCGUGGGCCACGAGGUUCUUGGAUCCGUCUUGGGGCUUUGCCAUGGGUUGGAACUACGCCAUGCAGUGGCUCAUCAUCCUCCCCCUCGAAGUCAUCGCCGCGUCCGUCACCAUCGGCUACUGGGACAGCGACCUGACCAGGGCCAUCUUCGUCACCGUCUUCCUCUCCGUCAUUCUUGUCAUCAACAUGUUCGGUAUCAAGGGAUACGGUGAGGCCGAGUUCAUCUUUUCCAUCAUCAAGGUCGUUGCCGUCAUAAGCUUCAUCCUUCUCGGCAUCGUCCUCAACUGCGGCGGCACCCCGGACAGCGGUUACAUCGGCGGGGAGUACUGGCAGAGCCCGGGCGCCUUCAACAACGGCUUCAAGGGGCUGUGCAACGUCUUCGUGACGGCCGCCUUCUCGUUCACGGGCACGGAGCUGGUGGGUCUGGCGGCGGCGGAGACGGCCAACCCGCGCAAGUCGCUCCCCACCGCCAUCAAGCAGGUCUUCUGGCGCAUCACGCUCUUCUACGUGGUGGCGCUGACCCUCGUGGGCCUGCUGGUGCCGUACGACGAGCCGAGGCUGGUGGGCGGGUCGGCCGAGGCGGACGCCAACGCGUCGCCGUUCGUCAUCGCCAUCGAGCAGGCGGGCAUCCAGGUGCUCCCGUCGGUCAUGAACACGGUGAUACUCAUCGCCGUGCUGUCGGUGGGCAACUCGGCCGUCUUCGGGUCGUCGCGCACCCUGGCCGCCCUGGCCAACCUGAACCAGGCACCCCGCGUGCUCGGCUACAUCGACCGCCGCGGCCGGCCCCUCGUGGCCAUCGGCCUCGCCGCCGCCGUCGGCCUCCUGUCGUACCUGGCCGACCUGCCGGCCCAGAACGACGUGCUGGACUGGCUCCUCGCCAUAUCGGGCCUCUCGUCCAUCUUCACCUGGGGGUCCAUCUGCCUGUGCCACAUCCGCUUCCGCCGCGCCUGGGCCGCCCGCGGCCACUCGGCCGACGACCUCCCCUUCCGCUCGCCCGUCGGCGUCGCCGGGUCCUACGCCGGCCUGGCCAUGAACCUGUGCGUCCUGGCCGCCCAGUUCUGGGUAGGCGCAGACCCCAUCCGCCAGGGCGACUACGACAGCCACGGCGGGGACCACCUGUCGUCCACCGACAUCGUCCGCAGCUUCUUCCUCAAGUGCCUCGGCGCCCCCAUCGUCCUCAUCUUCUACGCCGCCCACAAGAUCUUCUACCGCACCCAGUACGUCCGCGUGCGCGACAUGGACAUCGACACCGGAAGGCGCUACUUCAACAUGCCUGUCAUCAAGGCCCAUGAACGUAGAGAGCAGGCUACGUGGCCACGAUGGAAGAAGUGGUACAAGUUCAUCUGUUAG